GCCAGCUUUUGUAAAAAAAAGAAAAAAGUACAAAAAUUCCCAAGCAACUUAAGACUCAAGACCAAUGCAACAAUCAUUAAAAUUAAAAGUAAACCACCAACUGUAGCGUGUUAUCAUAAACACAACGAAAUGAGUGAAACCAAGAAGCUACUCGAUGCAUUGCUAUGCGACAUCUACGGCAGGCAAGAGCUCUUGGCCAAGCGAAUGAGGCGCUGUUGCCGGAAUCCUGUCCUCAAGCGAUCCCCGAAAAAGAAGAAAGGACAACUGGCUCAACUGGCCAGCGGCAUGGUCGGUAAUCGGUCCACCCUGGAGCGUCUGGAUGUGCGCAAGCUCAUCGACGUGUGCGCCAUCCUGAAGGUGGAGAUCCUUAUGCUGGGCUAUCUGCUGGAGCGGGUGCUCGUGGCCAGGGAUCGCCUGCAGCGGCAUCAGGAGGUCCUGUGCGAGUUCGUCACUGCCGUGCUCGUCGUGGAGAGUGACGAUGCACAGCCUAAAAUGCGUUUUAGCCUCUCACCACCGCCGCAGAAAGCCAUUACCAGCGCCCGCCUAACCUCGCCCACUAAAAACAGCCUCAGCAGCAGCACCACCCCCCUCACCACCCCCGGCAGCAACAAUAGAAGCCCCAGCAGCACCAAAGCCACCAUGCUGACCCGCAAUGGCGGAGGCCACGGCACCAGCCCCACCGCCUCCGGAUCCGGCCACGCCCCAUCCGCCUCAGCCUCAGCCACAGCCGCUGCCGACGAUGAAGCCACCUCGGAUUACAACCAGUGGCUGCACGCCAUGAAACUGGUGGCCCGCCUGCCCGGAGGCACUCCACCCGAGUUCCGACGCAAGUUGUGGCUCUCGCUGGCGGACAAGUACCUCAAGUCGAAGAACGUGGACUGGGCGCAGCAGCGGGAGAAGUGCUUCUGCGAGGAGUGGCGCGAGGAUGACGAGGAGCUGGGCAUACAAAUCGUCAAGGAUCUGCAUCGCACGGGCUCGAAUCUGUGCACCGGUCCCGCGGGCUCCAUAAACCAGGCCAAGCUGAAGCGCAUCCUUCUGGGCUAUGCGCGUUACAACCCCGAGGUGGGCUAUUGCCAGGGCUUCAACAUGCUGGGCGCCCUCAUACUGCAAGUGAUGGACAAGGAGGAGGAGGAGUCCAUGAAGGUCAUGAUCUACCUGGUGGAGGGCGUUCUGCCCACGGGCUACUUCUACGGCUCGAUGGGCGGCCUGCAGGCGGACAUGGGCGUCUUCCGGGAGUUGAUGCAGACGCGACUGCCACGAUUGGCGAAGCACCUGCAACGCCUCCAGGGACCCGUCGAGAAUGCCUUCGAACCGCCGCUAACCAAUGUCUUCACCAUGCAGUGGUUCCUCACCAUGUUCUGCACCUGCCUGCCCAUGUCCUGCGUGCUGCGCGUCUGGGACCUGGUGCUCAUCGAGGGUAGUGAUGUCCUGCUUCGCACCGCCCUCGUCCUUUGGAGUCUGCUUGAAGAACGUGUGAUCAGUGUCCGAUCUGCAGAUGAGUUCUAUGGCAAGAUGGGCUCCUAUUCCAGCGAACUCCUCAACGGCCACCUCGUGGACUCAAAUGGCCUCAUUGAGCGUGUGGUGAAGCUAGGACCCAUUGCGGAUUUGCGGCAACUGCGGGAUAAGCACCUUUACAACAUUGCCCCGCUGCGGCACAAGCAGGGAUUGCAGCUCUACUACGACGAGGAGGACACCCAUUCGGAUGAGGAGCGCUUGGCGGUGGCAACGGUAUUCGGCUUGAAUUGGGGCAGACGUGGAUCUGUGGGUCCAGCGGCGGCGGGAAAGCAGCAGGUGGAGCAGAAGGAUCGCCUGGCUUUGGAUAUAUCCCUGCUGAAGAAGCAGUACGAUAGGCUGCGCGAGCGCCAGAAGCAAGCGCAUGUCAUCCUGACCACCGCCUGUUCCACCGCAGCCCGUCAAGGAUCGGGUCCAGCGAGCAGCUCCCAGUCGUCGGUUCCGGUCAACCAGUUACUCCUCGGUCGCCCUGCCAUUGUGACCAACAAGGGAAAGCGGGUUGGAGCACCAUUAGGCGCCAUUCCACCUGCGCGAAAGCCCUCCCUUCCCGCUGUCCUCCACACCAAGCCAACUGCAGAGAAACAGCUGCGAAGGGGAGAGACUCUGCUCUGGAGGGACACCGAUCCGAGCCGUAGACGACGAGACAGUCUCACCUGGAAGGAGAUCAAGGCAGAUCGAGCUGCCAUGAUGCGAGAGGGAGCUGAUGUGAGCUCCGUGAGAACGCAGAAGCUUCGCACGCGAUUCGGAAAGAGCGACAGCUCCUCCUACAGCGAGGACAGUGACGGAGAGCAGGAGACUGGGGCAGGAGGGGGAGGAGGUUCCAGCACGGACACCAGCCUCUGUGAUGACGAUGACCCAAAGUCCACGGAGAAGAGUCCCAAGCAGAAGGCCAAGCUAGCACGCAAGCUCAAGGAGCAGAAGCAGUUGGCCGGAUCCAGGGACACGAGCUUGGAGCGACAGAGACCCAAGUCCUGGGCUCCAAGCAGCCAUGAGAUUCCCUUCAUGCUAAUGGGUACGGAUAGUGGCGACGAGAAGGAGGAGAAGGCGGCGAAAGAGGAAGCGGAUACUCGGGAUCAAGCGGAGGAUAGUGCCACGGAGAGCGGUCAUUUCGAAUUUGACCGAGAAUUGCAUUUGGUCAGCUCGAAGAUAGAGCCACUAAAACUCCCUUACGACUCCGAAAUUCCAGACAUUCCUUCCGUUAGUCCCAUACCGACGCCCCGAGAGAAGGAUGAAGCUGAAGAGGAUUUGCUGGAUGAGCGAAAGGCCUUCGAUGUGAGCGAUGAUGGGGUGACAAAUCAGUAUUUCGAGCGGGUGAACAGCGUGGAGCGGCCCAAUCGUCUGGAAUUGUCCUACUCGCUCAACGAGGAAGAGACGGAUACCAAUGCCAUUUACCUAGAGGAGAGGGAAAAGGUUGAGGGGCAUAGUGGCGAUAGGGAAUAUAAUUCCCUACCCCGUUUCUACCCAAGAGAGGACGAUGAUGGUGUACAGGGUGAUGGCAAGGUGCCACAGAUUCGGGACGACAACAUUCCAGGUGAGAACAAGGACGACUACAAAGAGCUCCUGAGCAUGACGAUAGAGGAAAAUGCUGGUUACAAGCCACCACCUUCCACAGCCAGCGCAUUGAGUAAUGCCAGCCGAAAGAGAAGAGAUCCUCGCCGCAAAACCUUGACUCGCUCAUCGACCAUUGAAAUCGAGGAACGCUACCAGGCUCUGGAGCGCAGGAUCAGCCAAGAGCAGCCAAGUGGAGAUCGUACAUUGCCAUUACAAGCCAAGUACAUUCCCAGCACCGCAGCUCUUGAGGAGCGCUUCAACACCCUUGAAAAGCAACUGAGUGCCGAGAAGCAACGCAAGGAGCAGACCGAUAUGGACGCUGACUAUCCAGUUAAACCCGAGCGUAUUCCCUCCACCGCCGACCUGGAGUCCCGCUUCAAUUCCUUAACAAAGCAAAUGAGUUCCAGCGAAUCUAGUUCCAAAACUCCCAUCGAUCUCAAGGACGAGGACCGGCCCAGUGGGAGCAGCUCCAAGAAGCAGAAGGAUAGCGAAAAAACCAGCAAGCUGCACCAAUCCGAGGAACCUGAAUCGAACACAAAGGAAUCCACAGAAGAAACAGAAACCAGCGAUAGCAAAGAAGUUGAAAGUGAUGAAAAGAAAGCGGAGCAGCCACGCCUCAAGAAACUUCCAUCAACUGCAGAGCUGGAAGAUCGGUUUAAUGCCCUAGAGCGCAAAAUGAGUGUCCAGAAGAGCAGCCCAUCCAAGAACAAGAAAGAGCCACCCGAUGAAGGAGAACCGAAGUCUACAAAGGAGCCAGAGAAACCAGAGGAGUCCGAAAAGGAAAUUGAGAAGUCUUCGGGCUCUCAAUCACCCAUGGCUACAAAGGAUCCUAAAGACAGUGAUCAGAAAAAACCUGAAACUAAGGAGACAACUCGAUCACCAACUGAAAACCAAGAUCAGAAAGUCAAGGAUAAGUCCCCGAAAAGUGAAGAGAGUGUUGAAAAGGAAACCUCUAAGUCGAAAGAGGAUUCACAAGAAUCGGAAACUAAAAAGGUGGAAGCCAAUCAAAAGCUUAGCUUAGAAAAAGGUAAUAAUACAGUUAAAGAAAAAAGGGAAGAAGCUCCUGAGAAAAGCGAUAAAGAAACGGCUGAAACCAAAAACGAAAAUGUCGAAAAUGACUCGUCAAAAAAAAGCGAUUCUCAAAAGAAAGAAGCCUCUAAGACUUCGGUUCCUGAAGCUGAGUCUGAAUCCAAACCCGCUUCUAAAGAAAACUCAACUACUAAAGAUGUGGAACUGGAGAAGACUCCUCGAAAAUCUCCACCCUCCACAGAGGAAUUAGAAAAACGCUUUAAUGCCUUGGAAAAACAGAUGAGUACCACCAACCUAGAAACAACUAAAGAACCUGAUCAAACUAAAUCAGCAACCAAAAGUCAAUCCUCGAGUGCUGAAGAAAAGACACAGAAAUCCAUGAAAUCUUUUGACGACAAAAUCAAACAAGUUAAUGUGGCUAUCGAAAAGGAGCAGAAGAGAGUGGAAGUGGAAGAUCCUGCUGCAAAGAAGCGUAAGAACGUUGAAGAAAGUGGCAAAGUGGUCAACAACCAAAUGAAAACCCCAAAAACCAAGGAAGAGGAUUCUCAGCAACCAGAAGGGAGUCAACAAAAGGGUAAGAAUCAGCGACGAGCUUCUGAGCCACCGUCAACGGAGGAUCUCGAAAAGCGUUAUGAAACCCUGAAGCGUCGCAUGAGUAGCAAGAAUCAGUUUAGCGAAACCGUGGACGAAGCUCUCGAGCGGAUCCAGCAGGAGGUUAUCUCCGAGUCGGUGGAGGAAAAGAAGCCACCACCAUCGACGGAGGAUCUGGAGAGUCGCUUUGAGGCACUGCAGGGAGAUAAGAAAAACGUGGAAUCCAAAAUGAGCGAAACCAAGCACGUCGAUGUGGCCAUUGAGGCGCAUAUUCCAUCGCCACCUCCACCGCCACCACCACCAAAGGAACGUCCUGUCCUGGCCGAGCCGGUACUCCACCAGCAACAGGCUCUGAUCGAGGAGCUGCAGAGCAAGAUGCGUGGCCAAUCACCCGGCGAGGAGAACCUGAAGCCCAGCGAGAUAAAUCCGCAGAGGAGACAGCGAAAGCUACUGCAACGACCCACGCCCAUGGGCGAUGAGACCUCGGAAGCACCUGCAAACACGGCUUACUACAGAGCGGCAAACCACGAACAAUGGCAGCAGCGCAUGGUGCGUCGGUUCUCUGAUUUACCCUCUCGGGCCGAUCUGGAGAACCGAUUGCAGUUCCUGGAGAGGCAACUCUACAAGAAGUUCUACAAGCAGCGCUGUGCAAGUGAUUCCGAAGUUGCAUCGAGGGUCAAACUUCCGCCCGAGGACCAGCCGAGCACCUCUCGGCAGGCCAAGGAACUGGAAGCCGAAGGACAGCUGGAGCAGCGUGUCCUCGCAUUGGAGAAGCAGCUGAGCGAGAACAGUCUCAAGUUGCUGGAAGCGAUGAGGGAGCGCCAAAGGUCAGCAGACGACAGUGGCUCCCCCAGGCGACUGAGCACUGAGACAAUCGACGCCACCGGCAAGGAGCUCGUUAGAUACACCCAGAACAUUGGCGAGCUGGAGGAGGUCGACGCCCACAAGCCCAUCAACAUAAGCAUCAACAUCAAGAUGCUGGUCAACAAAGACAAUGAGUCCAAGCAGCCCAAGGCUGAGUCCAAGCCGACAACAGAAGAUCUGACGCGUCGCCUGGAGCAAUUGGAGCAGCAACUGCUGGAGGAACGGGCCAAGAAUGGCUCGAUCCCACCAGAAAAUGAAGUGCUCGAGGAGAAGCCAGAGAAGCUCGAGGAAAAGGAUUCCUGCAAAAAGCAGGAGAAGAACUGCCACAAUCAGCAUGUCAAAGGUGAUGAAGUCGAGAAAGCAGAAGUGCUCGCUGAGAGAAAAAUUGAACCUGCAGCGGCUAAGGAGACCAAAACCCUUGAAAAUGAAGAGAAAGCUCAGGCUCGAGCGAAAGAUGUGGAUACUCAAAAAUCUGUUAAAGGUCAGAAUGUAGUGGAUGAUACAAAAUCUGUUAAUGAUCAGAAUGUAGUGGAUGAUACAAAAUCUGUUGACAGCCAGAAAGCAGUGGAUGAUACAAAAUCUGUUAAAGAUCACAAUUUAGUGGGUGACAAAAGAGCAGAUGGUGAAAGUUUGGAUAAAAAAGACAAAUCUCCUGCUAAGGGAAAAUCAGAAGAUGACAUUAAACAGAAGUCGGAGGCCAGCAAAGCUGAAGUCCCUAAAGAAACAUCCACCCAAGGGAAACCUUCCGAAACUAAGUUGGAAAAACGCAUAGCUAAGGACCCCGUUCCUAAGGAAGCUUCAACAAAAGAGGCUUCCCCCAAAAGGGAAACUCUUAAAAGUGAGGAACCCAAAUCCAAAGAAAAGGAAGCGACCAAAACUGAAACAAAUAAAUCAAAAGAAACCUCCUCAGUGCCGGUCUCCACCAAAGAAAGCAAAGUAUCGAGCAAACAACUGCCAGAAAAAAAGGAAACAAUCAAAGACUCUGCUUCCAAAGAACUGCCCGAAAAAAUGGUAAUCGAUUCCACAGAUGUAGGACCCAUGGAUGCCAACGGCAAAACGGUGGUACUGUUAAUGGACAACGAGCACAGAGCUUCGAAGGUUCGCAGAUUGACCAGGGCCAACACGGAGGAACUGGAGGAUCUUUUCCAGGCCUUGGAGAAACAGCUCAAUGAUCGAAAUCUUGUCAAAUCCGAAGAUGGUCGACUGAUACGAGUAGAUCCCAAGCCAAGCGCCGAGCAAGAGGAGCAGACUCAGGCUAUCUCUGAUCUCACCAAGCAAAUCGAGGAUUUUACCAGCGCCAAACCUGAGGAGGAGAACCCGAAGGAGGCGACCAAGGAUGACAAGCCGGAGCCCGAAGAGCCGGAGGACUACGACUGGGGACCCAACACUGUGAAACACCAUCUGAAACGCAAAACAGUCUACCUGCCGUCCACCAAGGAGCUGGAGUCGCGCUUCCGCUCUUUGGAACGCCAGAUAAAACUGCUCGAGGAUGUGGAAAAGAUCGAUGUGGAGCAGCGGUUGAGUGAAAUCGAGCGUAAAAUUAAACUGCAGUACUCGCUUUCCCACGAAAAGGAUUUGAACAAGUACUUGGAACUGUGUGAGGGUAAGGGACUGGAUGACGAUGAACCAUUGCCGGUGGAAACUCCAACGAAGGCGGAGGAAACUACCGCAACUCGAGAUCGGUCUCGUAGUCCUGGGCGCAGAGCGGUGGCUACCAAAUCUCCAUAUACUUCUCCAUCGCGAAAGGCCACCAUUAAAACUCCACAUACUUCUCCCACCCGGAAGCCAAUCAUCAAAUCUCCCUAUACAUCUCCUUCCCGAAAGUCUGCCAAAUCCCCGUAUACGUCGCCCUCCAGGAAUCGACAGAGAUCACCUUCUCCAACUCGAUCGCCGGAAAGGAAGCCGAAGCGAAGUCCCUACACUUCACCAGCCCGUCGCAAGCCGCAUCCUAACGAUCUGCCCAUAUCAGAUGAUUUGGAGUACAAGUAUCGAGUACUGGAUUUGGUCAGAUCCAAAUCCAAGGAGAACUUGGCCAAGCGAAUGAACGAUCCCAACAGAAAACCGGCCAUUCAUCCGCUGGAAAUGAUUCUUAGUCCCAGUCCGGAUACGGAGGCGAUCCCCACAACCGGAGAACUAGAGCACAGAAUACGUGUCCUGGAUGAAAAGCUCAGAUCGCCAGCCAAAACGCGUUCAAAGUCGCGCUCUCGAUCGCCAACCAUCGAAGACAUAAAACGACAGAAGAUGAGAGAUGAGCAAAAGCCCAGGACUCCGGUUCACAAUCUAGAGAGGAUUGUCAGUUCGCCUGGCAGACCAGAACCACCCACUGCCGAAGAGCUCGAGGAGCGCAUACGCAUCCUGGAGCAGGAGCAUAAGUUUGACUUUAAGACCCAGAAGGACUACAAGGCAUUCAAUCAAAAGCUCAAGGACGUCAUCUCACCCUCGCUCUCCUUCGACGAAUUCCGGGCAGCCAAGUCACGUGAGCAAAGUCCCCGGCGCCAUGGCCCCACUACGCCCAAGUCCGCUCUGCGUCGCGAUGAUUUCGAUGAGGGCUACUGUGGCGGUGCCCACACAACCACCCACUAUCGCCCCACCAGCCCCAAGGUCAUUCGGUUCCGGGACGAGGACGAGAACGAGGAUGAGGACCAGUUUGAGGAAGCACCCAGACCGAAGUCGCGUCAGACCAGCGAUCGAAUGGUGGGCAGCACUCAUGACGUUUUGGAUUGUUUGGAGGAGAAUACUAAAAUUCUUCAACGUAUUCUUAAGAAGACUCUUGCAGAUCAACCAUCGGCCACUCGCAGCUACGCCAGCAGCUCGGAGGGUCUGGAUGCCUUGGGUAGUCGUCUCAUGAGGGAAACCUCUCCGAUUACCCGAACCGGAACCCAUACGGGCGUACCACUGCGAACGGGGGAGAACAUAAACGACCGCCUGAGUUCGAUCAAGAACUCCAUCAAAUCGAUCGACACGCUGUGCGAGGAGAAGCCGUACCAGAAGGAGAAGUGCCAGCGGUACAUUGACUCACUGUUCACGGACUCGCUGCACUUUGCCAGCAAGAAGAGCUCCCUGGAGGAUCUCAGUCUCAGCCGCAGUCUUAGUCGCAGCGAGAGCCGGGGUAGGAGCAUUCACAGAACUGGAGACUAUGCACCUUCGAUAAGGGUGACCUCCGAACACCGAUCCUUGGGCUCGGCGGACUCGCGAAGGAGUCCCUUGGGCAACCGGGACACGAGUCCCGUGCACCACAGAUCGCACAGGGAUGUCAGCCGGGAGCUGUCGCCGCGACGAAGACGCUUGGAGGAGGAGGAUGAGGAGCGUAAGGAUCGGGAGAGCAGUAGGGUAAGACGUGAUAACUUGUUGCCAAAUUAUUUUGCUGAUAAUCGUAGCGAACUAAGUAGCGGGAGUAGUUUAACCGGGUUUAACCACAAAGUAGAUAGACAACUAGAAGAGACGUGCGCCAAGUAUGCGGACGAUCGACGCUCGGCCUGUCGCACACCGUUGAGCCACCCGUACGAGUCCCGCACCACAGCCACACGCCACAGCCACACAGAUCCAGUCCAGAUCCCAGCCAAACCAGCAGGAUCCGCCACUGCAACCGAUAGUUUCCCCCGGCCAGUGUCGCCAUAUCGCCAGCCGUACGAUCCCUACCAUCGGUCCCCCGGUGGUGCCGGUGGCACACCCCUCUAUCAGCCCGGCAAGCUGGAGAUCCGCCACACCACCGUCACCUCGACCUUCUACGAUCGGUUCCUCACUGAGAAGCAGAUCGAGCGGCAGACCCACUCCCGGCCGCCCAGUCGUUCUCCAGUGGUCUCACCCUCGGUGCCAGCCAAAAGCUACGUGGAUUUGAGCAGCACCACCUCAGCCACAUCCAGCACCACCGCCACUAGCACCACCGCCUCCUCAUUCAUGUCCAGCAGCUAUGCGGGCCCCUCCUUCUCGCUGCCCUCGGCCAGCAACUAUUCCUAUUUGAAUCCGGUUUCGGGUUCGGGUUCAGGUUCGGGCAUCUCCUCCAUUUCGCCGCGCGCCAGUUGCUCGGAUCUCCGCUCCACCACCAGUGGCCCCACAUCCACCAGUACCACCUCCGCAACCACCUCUUCCUAUGUACCCUACAAUUUCACCAGCUCCUUCACAUCUCGCUUGAGCGAUCCCAGUACCACUUCCACUGCGAGUGCAGUGAGCACUAGUUCCCUUACCCAUUCCACGGGCGUCUACAAUCCCAUGAUGUCCUUCACGCUGAGGGAACCACUGGCCAGCAGUUCCCUGGGUGGUGCAAGUGCCUCUACAUUGCUACCGUUUCAGUUUAACAGAACCUUCACCUCCAACUUCGACAAGGAACAGAACAAACAAUAGAGGGAUGCACAUCAAUCGUUAACCAAAGGUUGUCCAUACACAUUACAAAGCCCCCACUGAGGAUUCAAAACGUUGAUAUAUUCCAAGAAAUCAAGCUCAAAAUUCUAGCACUGAGAGAAAAAUCUGUCUAAAAACAUUUAAAUUAUUCUUCAGAAGUUUUCUUUUAAAGUUUAUGCUAAAUUUUUUGUGCUUCCAAAGAUAUCAAAUAAUCUACAAUUGUCUUAAAGUUAAAUGGUUGCCACUUUCCCAACUACUUGUACCAAGUUUGCUGAUUUUAGUUAGGUUUUUAUCUCAGUCAGCCUAACUUUCGCUAAGCAAUAUAAAUAUAGAAACUAUAAAUAACAAUUAAAUACCUAAACACAUAUAUAUCUACAAGUAUAUACAUACCUUGCAAUUCGGAUAUUUAUUCUUCAAGCAACUCUUGCACCAAACCAUUUUGGCUUCUUGCAACUUACCUCAUCUACAUUGACAGCACCAGCAACUCAACUAUUCAUAACUUAGCAAAGAUUUUUAUACAAUAUAUAUAUCUACGUAUAUACAAAGAUACAAAAUAUAGCUAUCGAAACUGUAACCAAAUGCGAAGAGGAGGGCAAGAUGUUAAUCCAACUUUUUUCAGCGUUAACCAAAAGUUUAGCUCUAAUUCCUUUAACAACUUUGACUUUAGAACACUCAAUUAAACUUAAACUUUUCCUUAAAAUGAACUAAUCAAUUUACAUGGUUUACACUAGCCAACAAAUACCCAAGAAAACAAUAUACACACACACACACACUUUGAAACGGUGUAAAACUGAAGGUGCAUUUUUGGGCCGAGUUAGUCGAGGAUGCUAAACCUAAUUAUUAUUCAAUUACGUUAACUGACUGACCCAAGCCGUUAGAUAAGUUUAUCCAACAUUGUUAAAUACACACGCAGCCAUAUAUGUACCUAUACCAAUUGAACGAUAUAUAUUGUAUUUAAUUACAUACACAUACCGAUUGCAGUUGUUGAAUUUCAAUUAUGCAAAAGACACGAUAACGACUAUGAAUAAUAAGCAAGAAAAGGCAAACCCGAAUGCAAACGGCUAUAGAAACAAUUAUCACUCGCGGCUGAGGAGCCGAAAGUUAAUCAAAACGAUUAGGAAAAU